AAAUUCACUAUUAUUAAAUAAGUAACGGUUUUAUCAAAUGGUUGUUGCAGUUAAAGUAUUCAAGAAAACAACUCCUAAUGGUAAAGUAACUGUAUAUCUCGGAAAGAGGGAUUUCAUCGACCAUCUAGACCACUCCGAUCCCAUCGAUGGAGUUAUUGUUGUCGAAAAUGAAUAUCUACAAGGCAGAAAAGUAUUUGCUCAGGUGGUUACCACCUACAGAUAUGGCCGAGAAGAGGAUGAGGUCAUGGGAGUCAAGUUCAGCAAAGAGAUGAUUGUCGCUUCCGAACAGGUAGUGCCAAAGAGGAAAGAUAUGGAAAACCAGGAUGCCCUCACACCAAUACAGGAAAAACUUAUCAAGAAAAUGGGAUCCAAUGCCUUUCCGUUUACUUUUCGCUUUCCGGAUAUGUCACCAUGCUCUGUAACCUUGCAACCGGGAGAAGACGACCAGGGAAAACCCCUUGGAGUUGAAUACCAAGUUCGUUGCUAUGUUGGUGCUAAUGAAGAUGACAAAGGUCAUAAGAGGAGCACCGUCUCUUUGGCAAUUAAGAAACUUCAAUUUGCUCCAUCUGAUAACGUCGGAAAUCGUCUUCCAAGUUCUUUGGUAUCCAAAGGAUUCACAUUUUCUAGCGGAAAAAUAAAUUUGGAAGUAACUUUGGACAGGGAAAUUUACUACCAUGGUGAAAAAAUUGGUGCUAACAUAAUGAUCAGCAAUAAUUCAAGGAAAAUGGUUCGCAACAUAAAAUGCUACGUAGUCCAACAUUGCGAGGUUACGAUGAUCAACACGCAGUUCUCCAAAUAUGUGGCAAGCUUAGAAACCAGAGAAGGCUGUCCAAUAACACCGGGUGCCAGUUUUACCAAAGUUAUCUACUUGGUACCUUUAGCAUCGAGCAAUAAAGAUCGUAGAGGCGUUGCCUUGGAUGGUCAUUUGAAAGACGAUGACGUAAACUUAGCCAGUUCUACUUUAGUACCUGAUGGAAAAUGUUCAAUCGACGCGAUUGGUAUCGUCAUUUCCUACUCAUUAAGAGUAAAAUUAAACUGCGGCACUUUGGGCGGAGAAUUAGUUACCGAUGUACCAUUCAAACUGUUACACCGUGCUCCUGGUUUCGAACCCAAAGAAAAAUCUCAGACAUUAAAGAAGAUGAAAUCGGUAGACAGAGGCCGAUAUCAGGGUAGCUUUGCUAAUGAUGAUGAUGAUAAUAUCAUAUUCGAAGAUUUCGCGAGAUUCAGACUUAGCCGUGAUGGGAUUGAAUAAAAUAAUGUUAUAAAAAUUUAAAAAAAAAAUUAGGGAAUCCACUACUAAUA